CCCCUCUUACUAAAGAACUGUUAUGUUGUUGGUGUGUAUUUAUUUUCAGAGAAAAACACAUUAAAAAUAAAGUAACGACAAAAUGAAAACUACAAACACAAUUUUGAAACAAUUUGUAAUGAGCCAAGUAUUCCAUAAUUCAAAUCGCCAAUUUUCAUUGAACUGAAAUUUAUUAUCACAACAAUAUGAGCUGACAAUAAUGUUAACAUUUUUUAGUAAAUGGUUUAACGUUAGCUUUGGUAGAUCCAAUCACUUUUCUUCUCCUCGGUAGUUGCUUCUGUCGUUUUAAAUUUUAAAACAGACGGACAUUAUUGUUUUAAUGUGCUUCUCUUUACUCAAAACUAAAUCCAAGCUUUCUUUGCUUCAGAUUAUGACGGUAUUCUGCGAUGUCUGAACGUUCCAUUUCCCUUCAAACGAUGGAUGUUACUGAUAGUUGGCGACGCCACAUAUCCUUUACUGGUCACCAAGAAAACCUCUCUGGGCAAGAGGACAAUGUUAGCUCCCUUGAGAAAAACCGACAUAUCUGCGACUACCUCACCGCUGCCUCCAGCGUUCAGGUUAAGGUGACCUGUGUGCUCGACAUGUAUCUGCCGCCAUUCUUGUUCGUCUUUGGUUUCGUCUGUAACGUCUUAGUUAUUCUUGUCAUGCGCAGUAAGUUCUUCAGGAAACUGUCCACGUCGUUUUACAUGGCUAUCAACGCUUUCACAGAUGGUCUCAGCCUGCUCGUCGCUCUGCCAGUGCACUAUUUGUUUGUGAACUUUCCUGAAAUUUUCGAUACUUUGAGACAUUCGCAUCCAAUAUGCGCGUUCUUUAAUAUUUUUGGAUGGGGAACUAGCGAUCUAGGAAUUUUGUUGACAGUUGCCAUGACAACAGAGCGUGCUAUAGCGAUUCGUUUUCCUUUGAAAGCAAAUCGACUGUGCACAACGAGACGGGCUAAGUUUGUUGCUCUAGGUCUUGUCUUGUUUGAAUUCAUAAAACUGUCCCAUUUUGCAUUUUACUCAAAAGUGGUUGGAGUAGAGGUGACCAGCCGGCUUUGUGAAGUAUUCAGGGAUGAUCCAGCUUACGUAAAUUUUACCGACAACAUCUGGCCGUGGCUGCACGUCGCCAUUUUAGCAUUGUCUUACAGUCUGGUUGUCGUCGGUAAUAUCCUCAUUGUUAUAAACAUACGGCGCUCUGAUAUGGAAAGCACAAAAGGUGGACUGGGACGGAAAAAUUCGAGGAAAGACUCGACCAGCGGCUCAAGGAACCGACAGCUGUCAGUGAUGCUGGUUGUCGACUCGUGUUUCUUGGUGAUAUGCACUUUACCCUUUGCUAUCAUCGUUAUCCUUAUAUCCAAAUUCAACAUGUUACCAGCAGCCGAAGGCGGGAAAAAUCUUGCGUACACAGCAUCUUUUUAUAUGCUCUACCUUAACCGGUGUUUGAACUUCUUCCUUUACUGUGUGAGUGGAUCCCGCUUUCGCGCUGCCUUGCGGGGUAUUUUCACCCUCCCGUCUUUCUCUGCGUCCAAUGAUAAUAAGUCUAAUUCUCGGGAGAGGCCCGUAAGCGCCUCAGGGCGUUUGUCAGUGGACAACAAUCGAAACACUCGCGCAGACAGGACGAACAACCAAACGGUAUGCCCGCUGUCACCGAGCUCCGACCCAGCAGAAAGCCAAGAAACAUCCUCUUUCAAUACGUUAAGUAACAACAACAUUCAAACAGAAGACGUAAGUUCAGAUCUGAGUUCAGAUUCUAUCUACGGCCCAGAACCGCUUUCGCAGAAUUCAGCACGUCAAGGUUCCACGUUUUCAGUACAUGAGCAAGAAUUUGAUAGAAGUUCACGAAAUGUUUCAGAAGAUAAUUCCACACACAGGGCCUUUUCUAAUAAAGGCUUUGUCAACGACAGCCCGUCAUUUGGUCGCAAAGAACAAGAAAGAGAGCCAAAUAACUCAGACGAGGGAGAAAGACACCCCACAUUUUCGAAAAUUAAGAUCAACAAGAGACAACCUUCUGUCGGGGAAUCGGAAAGAGGACGCACUAAAAGGACACCCUGCAAGGACAUCCUGGAGAAGUAUCAGAGGGACUUCAACAUACAUCUAUUGAUAUGGUGGAGCCUAGCUCCUGUGAGAGGCAUGCUACUGGCAGACCCAGUUGGAGAGUAG